AUGCAGGAGGAUAUGCGGACAGAAGUGCUGGAACUGUGUGUGACUGCCUGUGAAAAAUUUACGACGGAUAAUGAAGCCGCCGCCCGAUUCGUGAAAGAAGCAAUGGACAAGAAAUUCGGGGCGGCUUGGCAUGUGGCUGUCGGUGAAGGAUACGGAUUUGAGAUCACCUACGACCUGACCAAUCUGCUUUACAUGCUAUGUGGAGGGAAUUUGGCCAUAAUUGUGUGGAAGUGUAGUUAG